GAGGCGGAGCGAGAAUCCGGCUAGCAUAAAUCGCCAUAUCCGUCAAGAUCCUCAUGUUCCAAUUCGCGUAAACCAUCGGCGUCGGUUGAAAAAAACUCGUCCUGCACAUGGAAAUAUUCACGAGCGCAAGAGCUUGAUACGCUCUCAUGAAUCGAUAAUCACGGAGAUACAAAUACUUCAACGCGUUAUCGAGAUGAGCAUCCACCAAUUUAUACGCUUUCCUGCAAGCAUCGAACUCUGCUCUGCUUCUACGAUCUUUCGCUCUCGGAAGAAGAGAGCUUUCGAUGUUAUCCAGCGUUUCUAUGGCGUUGAUCCACGCUUUCGCUGCGGUUAAUUUCGCGAUUGUUUUGAUCGAGAUUCUGUUGAUUAGCUCCUUUGUUGUUGGGUCAGGCACGACGGAGAUUGAAGAUUUGAAGUUAAUGCAGACAAGAAGAGAGAUGAGUAAGUGAACAAAAGCCAUUGAUCAUAAGGUGUUUGAUGAUAUGCGUAAGAGAAAGCUAAUUCGGGAAGCAGAAACGGGUUGGGACGCAUAAUGGAACUUUCCAUUGCGACGAAACCUUAGCUUGCUUCAUGCUUCGUCUUUCAAGCAGAUUCUCCGAUGCUCAAAUCGUCCGGACCAGAGAUCAUCAGGUUUUGGAGAAGCUUGAUGCGGCUCUUGAUGUUGGAGGUGUGUACGAUCCUACGAGUGAACGUUAUGACCAUCAUCAGAAAGGCUUCACUGAAGUGUUUGGCUACGGGUUUAAUACUAAACUCAGUAGUGCCGGGCUAAUCUAUAAGCACUAUGGAUUGGAGAUAAUUGCUAAGGAGCUUCAACUUGAUCAGAGACAUCCCGAUGUGCAUCGACUGUUUUUAGCUGUGUACAAAUACUUCAUUGAGGCAGUAGAUGCUAUAGACAACGGCAUCCAUCAGUAUGACACUGAUAAGCCUCCACGAUAUGAAAACAAUACAAGCUUGGCAUAUAGGAUUGGAAGGUUGAACUUAGACUGGAUUGAACUUGAUCAGUCUAGUAGCAAAGAAGAUGAAGCCUUUCAUAGGGCAAUGGAACUUGCUGGCUCCGAGUUUUUGGAGUGUAUUCAUUUUCACGCGAAAUCAUGGUUACCAGCUCGGUCAAUUGUUAUGGAGUGUCUUGCAGAACGACAUGAUAUAGACUCCAGUGGAGAAAUCAUGAAGCUCAGCAAGCAAUGCCCAUGGAAACUCCAUAUAUUCGAGCUAGAGAAAGAAAUGAAGAUUGAUCCUCCCAUAAAAUAUGUUAUUUACCAGGAUGAUAGAAGCGAAAACUGGAGAAUCCAGGCGGUUUCGGUUUCACCAGACAGGUUUGAGAGCCGUAAAGCUUUGCCAAGUUCAUGGAGGGGCCUAGAAAAGGAGAAGCUCUCUGAGGAAAGCUCAAUUCCGGGAUGUGUAUUUGUGCACAUGAGUGGUUUCAUUGGUGCAAACCGGACCUUUGAAGGUGCCCUGGCAAUGGCAAGAGCCUCUUUGAUUGCUUAGUUUCUCUGUAUAAACCAAAAAUGGUUUUUUUGACCCCCAAAAACAAAGGAAAAAACCCAAAGAUUGGUUAUUUGGUUUGUUGAAUCGGUUUUCUAUACAUAGAAUCUAUAUCCAAGUAACUAUACUGUAAACAAAUCUGGAUCAAGAAUUUCUGUAUUGAAUUUUUUUUAUAUACAUUUUUUAAAAUU